ACCUUAAUUUAAUCCUCCAGACUCAGAAGAAUCCGGCGAUGAAGUGAGACGAAGAGGAAAGGAAGGGAAGGGAGAAGAACAGCCUUAAUAUUACCAUAACAUUUAUUUUUGAUUUCCAUACAAAACUGGUUCUUCGACUUUCUCUAAGACCGAUUAACCACUACAACUAGGUGUCUAUUUGCAUUGCUGGAUAAAAACAAUUAAUGGAAAAUCGAGGCCAGAAGCGCCCAGAAAUGGUAGAUGAACUACCUGCUGAUAAACGCGUUUGCAGUUCAUUGGACUUAAGACCAAGUUCUUCCAACACAUCAAAUCAAAUCCAUACCGAUCCUACACACUCAAUGCUAGAGACCCAUGAUAAUGACAUGGACACUUCCUCAUCUGCUUCUGCUUCAAGUCGAUCAGAGGGAGAACCUGAAAAGGAUUCAGCUUAUGGGUCAUGUGAUUCAGAUGACAUGGAGCAGCAUUACUACAGUUUCCGAGGCUACCACAGGCAGAGAUUAUCUAGUGAUCAUGGGAAGUUCAAAAAAAUUAUAUCAAGUCUGAGUGAAGAGACUGAGCCUUCUGCUCAACUAGCUGUUCUUACAGAACUUUGUGAAGUCUUGUCAUUUUGUACAGAGGGUUCACUCUCCAGCAUGACUUCAGAUUCAUUAUCACCGCUACUGGUCAAGCUGGCAAAGCAUGAGAGCAACCCAGAUAUAAUGCUGUUGGCUAUAAGGGCUAUCACCUAUAUAUGUGAUGUCUAUCCUAGAUCAGCUGGAAUCCUUGUUAGCCAUGAUGCUAUUUCUGCUUUAUGUCAAAGAUUAUUGGCUAUUGAGUAUCAAGAUGUAGCUGAACAGUGUCUCCAAGCAUUAGAGAAAAUAUCCCGAGAGCAACCACUCGCUUGCUUACAUGCUGGGGCUAUUAUGGCUGUUCUAAAUUUUAUUGACUUCUUCUCAACAAGCAUUCAGAGAGUGGCUCUUUCAACUGUGGUGAACAUAUGUAAGAAGCUUCCUUCAGAAAGCCUGUCACCUUGCAUGGAUGCUCUACCCAUUUUAUGCAAUCUUCUUCGUUAUGAGGAUCGGCAGCUUGUAGAAAAUGUUGCUACCUGCUUAAUUAAAAUAGUUGAGCAAGCUGGUCACUCAUCCAAAUUGUUGGAUGAACUUUGUAAGCAUGGGUUGAUUCAACAAGUGUCACAUAUUUUAAGUUUGAAUGGCCGAACUACUCUAUCUCAACCAAUUUAUAAUGGAUUGAUAGGGCUACUUGUCAAGCUUUCUUCUGGUUCAGCUGUAGCUUUUAGGACUUUGUAUGAACUAAAUAUAAGCAAUGUAUUGAAGGACAUCUUGGCUACAUCUGACCUUCCACAUGGGGUCUCUUCUUCUCAUCCCAUAGGUGGACAUUGCAAUCAGGUAUAUGAAGUUCUGAAAUUGCUCAACGAGCUUCUCCCCAGGUUGGACAAAGAUCAGAAUGAUCAACUAAUGCUAGAUAAAGAAUCCUUUCUUGUUAAUCACCCAGAUCAUCUGCAGACGUUCGGGAUGGAUGUGGUUCCCCUGUUGAUCCAGGUGUUUAAUUCUGGUGCAAGUUUAAAUGUUUGCCAUGGAUGUUUAUUUGUUAUGCACAAGUUGGUUUAUUUGAGCAACUCUGACAUGCUUGUUGAAUCACUUAAGAAUGCCGGCAUUUCAAGUUUUUUAGCUGGAGUAUUCACUCGAAAGGAUCACCAUUUGCUGAUAUUAGCCUUACAGAUUGCCGAGAUAAUUCUUAAUAAGGUUUCAGAUGAUUUCCUGACGUUGUUUAUAAAGGAAGGUGUCUUUUUUGCCAUUGAUGCACUAUUAACACCAGGAAGCUCGUCAGAGUUGAUGUACCCAGUUUUUGGUGGCAUCCAAUUGGCAUUUGACUCAAGUCAAAAGUCUUCUUCUAGGGACCUCAAAUGCCUGUGUUAUGCAUUUUCUACUAAUGAACCGUGCACAGCAGUAUCAGAUGCAGGAACUUGCAAGCUUGAGAAGGAAUCAAUUAUUAAUCUUGCAAAGCAUAUAAAGUCGAAAUUCUUAGCACCAGAAUUAUAUGAUUCUGAAAAAGGAUUGACUGAAAUUCUUCAAAAUCUCAGAGCAUUGUCUGUGGCAUUAAAUGAUUCGCUUGGCACAACUACUAGCAAUGGUUCUCGUCUUCUGCCUGAAGAGAGGGUUGAUGAUAUACUGUAUCAAAUUAUGGAGAAGCUUACAGGCAAGGAACAAGUUUCUACCUUUGAAUUUAUUGAGAGUGGAAUUGUUAAAUCAUUGAUAAACUAUUUAUCUAAUGGUCUGCUUAUGAGGAAAAAUGGGGGAAGACAAGGUGGUUAUGAUGUUGUGAUUGAAAAACGAUUUGAGGUUCUGGCAAGGGUAUGUUUAUCUUAUCCUCAGCUUCCUUCUGGAGACACGCCCCUCUCUUUUCUAAUACGGAACUUACAGAGUGCACUGACUUCUUUGGAGGCUUUUCCUGUUAUUCUAAGCAAUGGACUGAAACUAAGGGGUUCCUAUGCUACAGUUCCAAAUAGAUGUCCGAUACCAUAUCCUUGCCUGAAAGUUCGUUUUGUCAAGGGUGAGGGAGAGACAUGCCUUAAUAAUUACACCGAGGAUUUUCAUACAGUUGAUCCUUUUUCAUCCUUACAUGCUAUUGGGGGAUAUUUAUGGCCAAAGGUUAGCUCAAAAAGCACUAAUAAUGUAAAGUCAUCAUCCAGCCAAGUAGCAUUCCAUGCAGAAAAUCCACCCAUUCAUCUGCCGUCAAAUGCAAGUUCCUCUCAAGUGAAUAUUGGGCCUGAUGUUUUGCUAGCUCAUGUCAUUGAGAGACAGGGAGAAGAGACACAGCUGUUACAACCUGGGCCUGAUCAAACUGUCAGUGCAAAUUCAGGGGAAUCAUCUUCCUCUGAAACACAUGGGCAUGAAGAGAGAGAACCCCAAUUGAAUGCAGAAGCAGGCCCAAAACUGGAAGGUCAUCCGGGUUCUUGUAGUAAUGAAGCUGAACAAAAGCUUGUGUUUUACCUUGAAGAACAGCAGCUGGAUCCUAAACUGACAAUGUACCAGGCAAUUCUUGGUCAAGUGAUGAAACAAAAUGACUCUUUCUCUAGUGCAAAACUGUGGAGUCAAGUACACACAAUAACUUAUAGAAUGGCUGUGAAAUCUGAGGAUGUGGCCCCUCCAAAACGUCUUCAUUCACCUGAAGAUGUGUUUAUCAUUGAUAAAGUUACAGCUUACAUGCAGGACACUCCUUUUUUCUCGGACAUGUUCUCCUGUGAACUUGUUUCUGAUUUGGAGAAAUCAAGCCCGACUCAUGAUAUUUUGUUUCUCCUUAAAAGCUUGGAAGGCAUGAAUAGAUUUAUCUUUCACCUCAUGUCUCGUGAAAGAAUUUGUGCUUUUGCUGAAGGGAAACUUGAUAACCUGGAUAGCCUGAAAGUACUGGUUCCUUCUGUCCGACAAAAUGAGUUUGUGAGUGCAAAAUUGACAGAAAAACUGGAACAACAAAUGCGAGAUCCUUUUACAGUCUCUAUUGGUGCUAUGCCUCUAUGGUGUAAUCAGUUGAUGGUUUCAUGCCCUUUCCUAUUUAGUUUUGAGGCAAGAUGCAAGUACUUUAAAUUGGCAGCAUUUGGUCAGCAACAGAUUCAACCUCAUUUAUCUUACAAUGAUUCAGCAACAACAAGCAGCAGGCGCCUGAGCCUUGGGGUAUUGCCUCGGAAGAAAUUUUUAGUUUUUCGCAACCGGAUUUUGGAAUCUGCUGCAGAAAUGAUGGACUUACAUGCCCGUCAUAAAGUAGUUCUUGAAGUGGAAUAUGAUGAAGAAGUUGGUACUGGUCUUGGACCGACAUUGGAAUUCUAUACCUUGGUCUGUCAGGAGUUCCAGAAAUCCGGAAUGGGGAUGUGGAGAGAGGAUAAUUGGUUUUUCCCAUUAAAGACAAACUUGCCGGCUGACAUGAGAAUCCUGUCUCCCUAUGGACUCUUUCCUUGUCCAUGGCCUUCACCGCUAGAAUCAUCUGGUGGUAUACAGUUCUCCGAAGUAACAAAGAAAUUUUUCCUUUUGGGCCAAAUUGUGGCUAAAGCUCUUCAAGAUGGAAGGGUCUUAGAUCUGCAUAUGUCCAGAGCCUUUUAUAAACUUCUUCUUGGAAAGGAACUCUCUCUCUACGACAUUCAAUCAUUUGAUCCUGGGCUUGGUAGUGUGCUUCAAGAGUUUCAGGCUAUCGUUAACCGGAAGAAAUUUUUGGAGUCUGUUUGCGGAGACAACUAUGUGAUGGAAUUUGAUGCAUGCUUUCGAGAUACAAAAAUUGAAGACCUUUGCCUUGAUUUCACUCUUCCUGGGUAUCCUGACAUUGCUCUUACUUCUGGGAGUGAUCACACAGUAGUGAAUAUGAGAAACCUGGAUGAUUAUGUUUCACUUGUUGUGGAUGCCACUGUGAAGUCAGGAAUUUCCAGACAAGUUGAGGCUUUCAAAUCUGGUUUUAAUCAGGUCUUUUCCAUUGAGCAUCUUCGCAUUUAUAAUGAAGAAGAACUUGAGCGAUUGCUUUGUGGAGAAUUUGAUUCUUGGGCUCAGUUCCUUGAGCUGGCGGAUCACAUUAAAUUUGAUCAUGGGUAUACUGCUAGCAGUCCUCCAAUCGUUAAUUUGCUGGAAAUCAUUCAAGAAUUUGACCAUGCACAGCGAAGAGCAUUCCUUCAGUUUGUGACUGGGGCACCUCGACUUCCUCCUGGCGGACUGGCAUCUCUUAAUCCCAAGUUGACUAUUGUGAGAAAGCAUUGUACCAACCGGGCAGACACAGACUUGCCUAGCGUGAUGACUUGUGCAAAUUACUUGAAGUUACCUCCCUACUCAUCAAAAGAAAAGAUGAAAGAGAAGCUCUUUUAUGCCAUAACUGAGGGACAAGGAUCAUUUCACCUUUCAUAAAUUCACUCUCUUGACUUGGUCCGCAUUUCAAUGCUGAACCUGUAAUUAUUAGAGUAGUCGAUAGAGAUGUAGAUAAGGAUCUGAAUGUGUUGCUGGCAAAAGGGGUGUUGGUUGGAAGAGGAGCUGAUUUGCUGCUGAAGGAGAAGAAGCUCCAGUCUUCACUGACUAUAAUUGUUGGGGUGUGUACAUAGCCCGCAAAUACGGGUAGUUCAUUGACUUGGGUUGGUUGUACAGGGACCAGGGUACUUUUAAGUGGUUGCUUUUUCAGAUAUUUUCAUGUACAGAACUGUGUACAGAAAUCUCUUUGGAUGGUAGCCUUUUAUUUACAUCAAUAGUUGCCUUUCGCCUUCAACGGCUUAUAUUUUCUGCUAUUUAUUGGAUUUUCAGAAAA